GAAGGAGGAGGAGAAGGAGGAGGAGGAGGAGAGAUAGUGGGGCAGAGACAGAGAGGACAGUCAUGCACUUCACAGGCAGCAGACACUGACACACUGCCGCACACCCACAAUAUUUCUCCUAUAUGUCACAUCGGAGCACCUGCUAAACCCACUCCACGAGGACCCAGGAGACCAUGCUUUCCUGGCUGCUGGCCGUGACUCUUGCGGCGCUAACAGGAUUCACUGCUGGCUAUGGAGGCACUGAGAGGAACUGCUCCAUUACUCCACCUUACCUCCCCAGUACAGCUGUCGAUAGCAGUACUCAGUUGGCGGCACUCCGAAGGAAAAUGAACCCCUUGAAGAUUUCUGCAUACAUUAUCCCUGGGACAGAUGCUCACCUGAGUGAGUAUAUUGCACCACGUGAUGCACGGAUGGCCUUCAUGACUGGCUUUAAAGGUUCAUCAGGCACUGCAGUGGUAACACAGACCAAAGCUGCUCUCUGGACAGACAGCCGUUACUGGGUUCAAGCGGAGCGAGAGAUGGACUGUAACUGGGAACUGCAGAAAGAUGUGUCUGUUAGCUCAAUAACCCAGUGGCUCCUUGCGGAGGUGCCAAAAGAUGACGUGAUCGGCUUUGACCCCUUCCUCUUCUCUCUCGAGAGGCACGAGGACUUCUCCAUCAUUCUUGAAUCGAACAAUCGCACCUUCAAGUCUUUUUCAGACAACCUGGUGGAUGCGGUAUGGGACAAAAGGCCUUCCAUCCCCUCAGACAAUCUGACUCGUCUCCCGGACAGGAUCAUACAAAGAACCUGGCAGAUGAAAGUGCAGGACAUCAGGAGGCAAAUGAAAGAGGCCCCAAACAAGCCCACUGCAGUGCUCCUGUCAGCGCUGGACGAGACCGCAUGGCUGUUCAAUAUGCGGGGCAAUGACAUCCCAUACAAUCCCUUCUUCUAUUCCUACACACUUCUGACCUUGAAUAAAAUCUGGCUGUUUUUACACAAGGAGAGGGUGACUGAGGAGCUGAAGCGGUACCUGAACUCAUCAUGCACAGAUUCACUCUGUGUGCAGCUCAUGAGCUACGACUCUGUGCUAUCUGAGGUCCAAAAGUAUGUGGCCAGGCCUAAGGUCAAAGUGUGGAUCGGGACAGAGUACACCAACUAUGCACUUUACGAGAUCAUUACGCCACAGGACAAGCUAGUGGUCUCCUCAUACUCCCCCGUGCUGACCACAAAAGCUGUAAAGGAUGAAACGGAGCAGCGGGUCUUGAGAGAAGCACAUGUGAGGGAUGCAGUAGCUGUGAUACAGCUGCUGAUGUGGCUGGAAAAAGCUGUGCCUGAAGGAAAGGAGACAGAAGUGACUGCAGCACAAUAUGUCAAUAAGUGUCGUGCAAAACAAAACGACAGCAGAGGCCCAAGCUUUGAGACCAUCUCUGCCAGUGGACCAAAUGCAGCUCUUGCUCAUUACAGUCCUACAAGUGAAACAAGCAGGAAGCUGACAGUGAAUGAGAUGUACCUGGUGGACUCUGGAGGCCAGUAUCUAGAUGGGACCACUGACAUAACUCGAACAGUCCACUGGGGAACACCCACAGCCAUGCAAAAGGAGGCGUACACACGAGUCCUCAUGGGAAAUAUCGAACUUUCUAGGACCAUUUUUCCAUCUGGAACUAGAGGUGUAAAUAUGGAAAUGCUGGGCCGCAAAGCAUUAUGGGAGGUGGGCCUGAAUUAUGGCCAUGGAACAGGUCAUGGUAUUGGGAACUAUUUUGGAGUUCACGAGUGGCCCGUUGGCUUUCAGAGCAACAAUAUUCCCUUUACAGCAGGCAUGUUCACAUCAAUAGAGCCCGGCUACUACAAGGACAAUGACUUUGGGAUCAGGAUUGAAGACGUCGCUCUGACUGUGCCUGUAAAAACAAAGUUUGGUAACAACUUUUUGACCUUUGAAACGGUGUCACUGGUGCCAUAUGACCGUAAACUGAUUGACACUUCACUUCUGAGCCCAGAGCAGCUCAAGUGGCUGGAUACUUACUAUGAAACUAUCCGGAGAGUGCUGGGUCCGGAGCUGGACCGUCAGGGCCUGUCUGCAGAGAAGAACUGGAUGCUGAAGCAGACUGAAUCCUUGAGACACACUACAUCUUCAUCAAACAUCUCCUCUUCCUCACUGCCCCUCCUCACUUUGAUGUUUGCUCUGAUCCAAAGCGUCCUGUGAGCUCCCCCUGCCUGUUGAAGCAGAUUUGCACUCCAAGCCUAUGUCUAUGCAGUGUCUGCUGAAAACAGGCAGCUACUUUCUACUUUUUGAUGUGUUUUCAACCAGAAUAAGGGUGUGUGCAAUUUAGUCUAGUUUUAAAAUUAUUAAUGGAAGGUUUGAUGUUUCUUCGUAAUUUAAAACUUUUAGAUGUUUACAAAUUGAACUUUUAAAGACCCACUAUUUUAUUAAAGUUUUUAAAGACUUUGAAAUGAGAUUUCAUUUUUGUCUCCCCCUCUCAAUCACUCUUGGAAAACUGUAACAGACGCUUGAGCUUUACAGUUGUAGAAGAACUUCCCCUAUAAACGGGACAAGUCAAUGAGAGAUGAAUUUCCUUCUUUUCGUGAGUCGCCCUGUUAAAAUCAAAUGUGCCCAGUUCAUAUUACAGCAUCAAAGAACAAUGAGGGAACCUUUCAUUUAGCAUAAGAUUGUUAACAGUGAUGAAAGUUUAACCUAAUCUCUUAAUCCAACUGUCCUGUCAGCACAUCUGAAAGGUGUGAACAGUUCUUGACACAUUCAUGUCCAAACCCUCAUAUUUGUUUGUUGGUGGAUGGUCAAGAGGCCUUCUUUCAGUAAAGAGGAACUUAAGUAUGAGAUCAUUGUUUUAGUAAACUGCUCUACUUCUGCAUGUUACU